AUAUAAUAUCAAUUAUAAUAUAAUAAUAAUAUCAUUGCAUGUAACAAACAAUAUUCAAUAUGACAAUAUCCCACGCUUUAUCGAAUACAUUUUACUGACCAGUACUUCAGAGUACACCAUCGAAUGCAAGCCUUCGAGAUAGAAGAAACGAUUUUGUUGUACGUUAUAUAUACAGUGUUUCGACAAUCAUUUAUUUUCCGUGUUUAUUUGAAUAGUUUUUUGAAUUUGUUCUUAUAAAUAUAUAACGCCAUUCUACUACGUUAAGUCAAAAGAUCGACGGACUUUGGUAUUCGACGUUUGACAUUCAUCAAGCGAAAUUCAAACAUUGAAACAGAUAUAUUAUGGUCAUAGUACGUCAAAUAUAAUUAUUGGACACAGAAGAUAAAAAGUAAAAAAAAAUGGACUUUAAGAAGGUCAUUUAUCAAAUGCUGCUGUUGUUAUUCACCAUACAAAUUUCUACCACGUUUGAUAACCAUGAGGAAGAUUUGUUUAAAUUAACACCAACCAGCGAUAGCCCGGGUUUGCAGUACGAACUCAUAGGUAAUGGUAGAGCUUGCGGAAGUAGUUGGACAAUAAAUACAUAUAUGGAUUUAAAUUUUUUAAAUAACAGUCUUAAAAAUAUUAGGGAAAUGUUAAAAUCAAUUGAACUAAUUGAGUUCAAAGAUAUAUCUAUAACUUUGUAUCAGUUAAAAAAACACGCGAAUAGAUUGGAAAACGAGAUAGGUUUAAUUGUACAAAUGGGUAGACAUAACAAAAAAGUUAAGCGAUCUUUUGAGUUUGGGGGUACGGUAUUCAAAUGGAUGUAUGGAAUAGCUGAUGCUGACGAUGUACGAAGAUAUGAUAGUACGAUCGAUAAAUUAGAAAACAAUGAGAAAGAUGUAAUGCGUAUUGUUCAUGAUCAGAUAUCUAUAGUAAAAAGCACAAUAAUUAAUUUUAACGAUUCUGUUACAUCAUUUAAUGAAAAUAAGAAAAUUUUUGAUUCAAAUAUGAAAGAAGGCGAGAAAAAAGUGAACGAAAUGAUUAUUGAGAUAGCUAAGGAAGACAGAAAAAUUAUUAUUCUAAGUUCGAUAACUCUUUUAGAAAACUCUAUAUUUGAAUUGGACAUGUUUAUAAGUAGGUUGCAAAGAGUAAUUUCUAACGUACAGAACAAUAUAGUAGAUGCGUUUAUAAUAACACCCGACCAAUUGCUAUCGGAAAUAAAAAAUAUUCAGAUUAUUCUCCCGGAUGAUUUGAAAAUCCCUGUUAAAUUUGAUAAGGAUAAUAUUCAAGAAAUAUUCAAAAUAUUAAGUAUUGAAAUGCACACAGUAAAUGACAGAUUUAUUUUUUCUUUAAAAUUUCCUCUUUGCCUUAUAGAAAAUUUCAACGUUUAUUACAUAUUACCGAUUUACAUUCCAAUUAAUGAACAUGGUCAAUUUCUCCAUAUGACUAAAAAUUCUAUGUAUUUGUUAAUGGACAAAAUAAUGACCAAAUAUUUUAUUUGGCCAGAUUUAAAUAACUGUAAAGUAGUGGAUAAAAUAUUUGUAUGUGGAUUUAAUGAAAUUAUACAUAAUUGUGACACGGACCCCACAUGUGUAACAGAAUUACUAAAAAAUUCUGUAACUAAACCACCUCAAUGUGAUACUUAUAUCUCUGAAUUCAAAACAGAAAUGUGGUAUCCCUCAUUUUUCAAAAACCAUUGGUUUUUUGUAUGUGAAAAACCCACUACAAUUACUAUAAUUUGUAAUAAACAGUCUUUCACUCAAAAAAUUAAAAUUAAAAGUUCUGGAAAGUUAUACUUGAAGUCUGGGUGUAUUGCUUACACCUCGAAAGGUGUACUAAAAACUGAACAAGUAUUAAAUCAAACAUCAUAUUUCUCAGUUCCAGUGGACUUAUCUCUUACGAAUGAUUCAUGCUGUAAUGUAUUCAAUUUUUCAAAUCAGGUCUGUUUUCCAAACCGAUUCACUUCGAUGAAAUAAAAAAUAUUAAAUUUAAUAAAGAAGCGUUCAAUAAAAUAAAUAAGCAAUUAGACCAACAAGAUAUGUUACUAAAUUCGCUUAUUGUAGAUAAAACCUAUGAAUUUAUAUACACAAACAAAUAUUUAGUUGUCAUAAUAAUAGUGUUUUUAUUAUAUUUUAUAGCAAAAUUUUAUUUAAAUAGG